AUGGCUGAUAGAUAUUCCUUCUCAUUGACCACUUUUUCUCCAAGCGGAAAAUUAGUCCAAAUUGAGUACGCUUUGAAUGCCGUCAAACAGGGUGUUACCACCAUUGGAAUCAAAUCCGCCAAUGGGAUCGUUCUUGCCACUGAACGUAAAGCUAACUCUCCAUUAUUGACGUCAGAUACAGGUUCUAAGGUGGAACUUGUCACACCUAAUAUUGGUAUGUCCUAUUCUGGGAUGGGACCAGAUUUCAGAGUCUUGGUGGAUAGAGCAAGAAAAUUAGCACAUACCAAUUACAAAAGAAUCUAUAAUGAAUAUCCACCAGUUAAGAUAAUGGUUCAAGAAAUCGCUAAGGUAAUGCAAGAGUCUACUCAGCUGGGAGGGAUCAGACCCUUUGGUGUUUCCUUAUUAGUUGGAGGGUAUGACGACCACCUGGAACAAUUUCAAUUAUACCAGGUCGAUCCCCUGGGAAGUUACUUCCCUUGGAAGGCCACAGCCAUUGGUAAGACUUCCGUAUCGGCCAAGACGUUCUUGGAAAAGAGAUGGAAUGAAAACUUGGAGUUGGAAGAUGCUAUUCAUGUUGCUUUAUUAGCCUUAAAGGAGUCAGUCGAUGGUGAAUUAACAGGUGAAAACUUAGAUAUUGCCGUGAUUUCUGAAUCUCAAGACAACUUGUUAGGAUUCAAGGGUACCAGCGUAGAGGGACCAAGAUUUAAGAAGUUGACUGCUGAAGAAAUUAAUGACAGAUUAGAUGCUCUUUAA